UUCCUUCCCUAAGCAACCCUGUUUCUCAUUGGUCGGUUCUGUCCCCUGUCAGUCCGGGCCGGUGCGCCCCUCAGCCGCCGGCCCCGUUCAUUACACCAACGCCCCGACAUGGAGCCGCCACCCGGACCUUGCUCCUCCCCCCCGGGGCCCCGGCCCGUGCCCCCUCCCCGCAGGGGCUCGGAAGACCGCCGGCCUCUGAGUCCUGCCAGGAGAGGACCCUGGGAUGGGAAACCGGGGACCCCCGAGCGGAACACGGUCACCCAGAGGGUGCUGAUCGUGAUGCAGAGCCGGGAGAGCACCUCAGUGCCCAGCCAGGGGGAGGCACCAUCACACAGCGCCUCAUUGCCCAACCAAGGGGAGGCACCAUCACACAGCACCUCAGUGCCCAGCCAAGGGGAGGCACCAUCACACAGCACCUCAUUGCCCAGAUGGGUGGAGGCACCAUCACACAGUACCUCAGUGCCCAGCUGGGGGGAGGCACCGUCUCACAAUGCCUCAGUGCCCAGCCAGGAGGAGACAACAUCACACGGCGCCUCGUUGCCCAGUUGGGGGGAGGUUUCGUCUCACAGCGCCUCAGUACCCAGUCGGGGAGAGGCACCAUCACACAGCGCCUCAGUUUCCAGCAAGGGAGAGGCACUUUCUCAAAGCGUCACAGUGACCAGCCGAGGGGAGGCACCAUCUCAGAGUGCCUCAGUGCCCAGCAAGGGGGAGACAACAUUUCACAGCUCGUCAGUACCCAGCUGGAGGGAGCCAUCUUCACACAUCGCCUCAUUGCCCAGCAGGUGGGAGGCACCAUCGCACAGCGCCUCAGUGACCAACUGGGGGGAGGCACCAUCUCACAGCGCCUCAGUACCCAGCUGGAGGGAACCAUCUUCACACAGCGCCUCAUUGCUCAGCAGGUGGGAGUCACCAUCACACAGCGCCUCAGUGACCAACUGGGGGGAGGCACCAUCUCACAGCGUCUCAGUGCCCAGCUGGGGAAAUUCAGUGCCCAGCACGGGGGAGGCAAUGUCACACAGUGCCUCAGUGCCCAGCUGGAGGAAAGCACCGUUACCGAGCACCGUAAUACCGGGUCUGGGAGCGUCACCCGCAGAGAACCCUCCAGUGCAAAACCCAGAGACUUUACCUGCAGACAGUGCCUCAAUACUGGGCCAGGGGACGCCUCAUCCAUAUACUGUAACAGCGGAGCCAUCACCCCAGGAGUCACUGCUGCAUUCCCACAGUAUAUUACCACAGAAAGCCGUGAUACAUAUCCCCAGGAUGUCGCCCCAGAAAUCUGUAACACUGGAAGAUAGAGCGAUACAACGGCAGGGGGAAACUGUGCAGGUCUCUGUGUCACAGCGGGACAGUGUGAGCCAGAGCUCUGCAGCUGCAGAACCACAAAAUGUUCUGCUAUCGACACAUAGCGUUGCCUCCAGAUGCGUGACCGAUUCAUCUCUUUCAGAUGGUAUCAUGCAGAGCCAAGCCUCUCUCCCACUGGGAAGAGUCACCGAUACAUCUGUCCCACCGGUAGGAUAUUCUCUUUCAUUGGAAGAUGUCAGGCAGAGCGUUCCAACUCUCCAAUCUGAGGGAACCGUGCAGAGCGCUGCCACUCUCCCACCACAAGGAACCGUGCAGAGCGCUGCCACUCUCACACCACAAGGAACCGUGCAGGGCGCUGCCACUCUCCCACCAGAAGGAACCGUGCAUAGCGCUGCCACUCUCCCACCAGAAGGAACCGUGCAUAGCGCUGCCACUCUCCCACCAGAAGGAACCGUGCAGAGCGCUGUCACUCUCCCACCAGAAGUGAAAGUGCAGAGCACUGCCACUGUCCCACCAGAAGGAAUCGUGCAGAGCGCUGCCACUGUCCCACCAGGAGGAAACGUUCAGAACGCUGCCACUGUCCCACCAGGAGGAAACGUGCAGAGCGCUGCCACUGUCCCACCAGAAGGAAACGUGCAGAGCGCUGCCACUGUCCCACCAGGAGGAAAUGUGCAGAGCGCUGCCACUGUCCCACCUGGAGGAAACAUGCAGAGCGCUUCCACUGUCCCACCAGAAGGAAACGUGCAGAGCGCUGCCACUGUCCCACCAGGAGGAAAUGUGCAGAGCGCUGCCACUGUCCCACCAGAAGGAAACAUGCAGAGCGCUUCCACUGUCCCACCAGGAGGAAACGUUCAGAACGCUGCCACUGUCCCACCAGGAGGAAACGUGCAGAGCGCUGCCACUGUCCCACCAGAAGGAAAUGUGCAGAGCGCUGCCACUGUCCCACCAGGAGGAAAUGUGCAGAGCGCUGCCACUGUCCCACCAGGAGGAAACGUGCAGAGCGCUGCCACUGUCCCACCAGAAGGAAACUUGCAGAGCAUUACCACUCUUCCACCAGGAGGAAUAGCGCAGAGUGCUACCGCGCAGAGCAGUAUAACAGUUCCCCCAGAAAUCAUCAUGCUGAGCGUUACAGGUCUCCAACCAGGUGUCCCCAGCCAGCAGAUGCAGGACGCUGGUAUGUCCGGCGUGCAUAAUGUCGCACAGUCAUCUCACGGAGAGUUGUCGCUUUCCCCAAUUCGUGCUCAUGACUCUUUUAGUCCUCACAGGAACAUGUCCUCCAAACCCCCGCUCCCUAUUCCACCCAGAUCUGUCCUGUACCCUGGUCAUCCGCUGCCACCCCGUGAGCAGGAGACAUCUCUCAGCCAUGAAACAACCUCUUUGUCCAGCUACAGGUCCAAGGUUCCUGCUCCAGACACACUCAGUUACCUGGACUCUGUCAGUCUGAUGUCUGGUACGCUGGAGUCUCUCAGCAUGCUGGAUGAUGCCAGCUCCCUCGGCUCUGAUUCGGAGAUUAACGGCUUACCGUAUAAGAGGACCGACAAGUAUGGAUUCCUGGGAGGAAAUCAGUUCAGUGGCAACGGUGAGGGCACAGUCUCUUUGGAAAUUGCCCGUCAACGAGAACUGAAGUGGUUGGACAUGUUCAGCCAUUGGGAUAAGUGGCUGACUCGGCGAUUUCAGAAGGUAAAGCUGCGAUGCAGGAAGGGGAUCCCAUCGUCUCUGCGAGCCAGAGCCUGGCAGUAUCUCUCCAACAGUGAUGAACUUCUGAAAAACAACAUGGGCAAAUUUGAGGAGAUGGAGAGGCAGCCGGGAGAUCCCAAGUGGCUGGACGUGAUCGAGAAAGAUCUACACAGACAGUUUCCUUUCCAUGAGAUGUUUGCAGCACGCGGGGGACACGGGCAGCAGGACUUGUACCGUAUCCUGAAGGCGUACACGGUGUACCGGCCGGAGGAGGGGUACUGCCAGGCCCAGGCUCCGGUAGCUGCUGUCCUGCUCAUGCACAUGCCUGCUGAGCAAGCCUUCUGGUGCCUGGUCCAGAUCUGUGACAAAUAUCUACCGGGGUAUUAUAGCGCCGGCCUGGAAGCCAUACAACUGGAUGGGGAGAUUUUCUUUGCCCUGUUACGCAGGGUUUGCCCCAUGGCUUACAGGCAUUUGAAGAAGUUCAAGAUUGAUCCAAUCCUGUAUAUGACGGAAUGGUUCAUGUGUGUCUUCUCCCGCACAUUACCCUGGGCGUCUGUCCUGCGAGUCUGGGACAUGUUCUUCUGUGAGGGGGUGAAGAUUGUUUUCCGCGUUGGUUUGGUGUUGCUGCGGCACACUCUGGGUUCGGUGGACAAGCUGCGGAGCUGCCAGGGGAUGUAUGAGACCAUGGAGAAGUUGCGGAGCCUUCCAGUACAUUGCAUGCAGGAGGAGGUUCUGCUACCUGAGGUGAGUUCUCUCCCUGUCACUGACGCUCUGAUAGAGAGAGAAAGCAACACACAACUGCGCAAGUGGCGAGAGAACCGAGGGGAGCUGCAGUACCGCCCCUCGCGUCGCAUGCACGGAGCCCGGCAGAUCUAUGAAGAGAGACUGCGCCUAAAUCCUACCCUCAGCGGCAGCCGGCUGAGUCUGUCCAGCCUCCGGCGCCCAUCCCCUCCCCCCAUCCCUCCUGUCACUGCUAAGCCAGAGUCCGUGGUGGUCUCUGAGGGUCUGCACCCUGCGCUGCCUUCCCCCACCUCCAAUAAUGCCCCCCUGGGACCACCCAAGGAGGCAGCCAAGAAGGGGAAGGAGAAGCAAAGGGAGAAAGAUAAAAAGCGAGAGGAGCGGGAGCGGGAAAAGAAGAGAGAGAAAGAGGAGAGAGAGGAGAGGGAGCGCGAGCAGAAGCGGGAGAGAGACCGAGAAAAGCAGAAAGAAAAGGAGGAGAAACGCGUCCAGAAGGAGAAACAGAAGAGAGAGAGAAAGUUCUCCUUCCGGCGUAAAGACGCGUCUUCCCCUGCCGCAGACCCUCCCCAAAAGGCUGAAACUGGAGCGGCAGCCCACCACACCUCCUCCUGAGGAACACAGUGGAUCCCCCUAGUGGACAGUCACUGUAUAGUCUUAUGCCAGACAGGACCUGUAUAUAAUCUGGAUCAGUGUUACCUCACACGGGGCACUGGUAUUGGCUGUACCUCCGGCUGGAUCACUUGUGCUUACGUUGGGAUAUCCUGACAUUCUGGCCUGUAAGGGGCUCUCCCAUGCCGUAGCUGACAGUGGCUGAGCUGUUGCUGCUGGAUGGGAAGAAGACCCUCUCCAUAGACUGUCAUAGGAAGCGAGAACUGGAAGCCCCUCACUCCAAUGCACUUUUACCCCCUCCCAGUCGCCGACUGCGCUUGGUCCCCCUGAAUGUGACCCCCCUUGUGGCGUACUCUCAUCCAUUCCCUCGCAGUCACGCGUGCAGCGGGCAGACGCCCACCGUGCACUACACAUAGGAACAGACUGUAUUGUUUACAUCCCCUGAAGGCGUGGCACGUGCGGUGUGUCCCCUCGCUGCGCGCAUGUCUCCGCUCUGCAUUUCACGGGUCACGUUUAUCUGUAUAUAUUUUGGUCGCAUCACUUUCUGUUUUUAAGUAAUGAUCUGUGAGUGCUGUAUUCAUAAGAGACUGUGCUACCUGGAAACCGCGUCAUUGAAGAACACUGCAGAGCAGCAGCGUGCUGCGUGCUCUGCAGGGCAUAGGAAAUUAAGGAUCUUAUAUACAUAUGUACAUACAAAUGUCUGUCUACGAGGAGAAAUGUGUGCUGUGUGCCCAGAGGCUGUACUUGCACUGCUUUAACAUGUAUACUGUUCUGCACCUUGCAGUGCCCUGCCCCUUACACCGAGCUCCCUUCACUGCUCCGCCCCUUACACCGAGCUCCCCUCACUGCUCCGCCCCUUACACCGAGCUCCCCUCACUGCUCCGCCCCUUACACCGAGCUCCCCUCACUGCUCCGCCCCUUACACCUAGCUCCUCUCACUGCAUCGCCCCUUACACUGAGCUCCACUCACUGCUCCGCUCCUUACUGCUCCGCCUCUUACACCGAGCUCCCCUUACUGCUCCUCCCCUACUGCUCCGCCCCUUACACUGAGCCCCCCUUACUGCGCCGCCCCUUACACCGAGCUCCCUUUCCCCUCACUGCUCCGCCCCUUACACCGAGCUCCCCUCACUGCUCCGCCCCUUACACCGAGCUCCCCUCACUGCUCCGCCCCUUACACCGAGCUCCCCUCACUGCUCCGCCCCUUACACCGAGCUCCCCUCACUGCUCCGCCCCUUACACCGAGCUCCUCUCACUGCAUCGACCCUUACUCUGAGCUCCCCUCACUGCUCCGCCCCUUACACCGAGCUCCCCUCACUGCUCCGCCCCUUACACCGAGCUCCUCUCACUGCAUCGACCCUUACUCUGAGCUCCCCUCACUGCUCUGCCCCUUACACCGAGCUCCCCUCACUGCUCCGCCCCUUACACCGAGCUCCCCUCACUGCUCCGCCCCUUACACCUAGCUCCUCUCACUGCAUCGCCCCUUACACUGAGCUCCCCUUACUGCUCCUCCCCUCACUGCUCCGCCCCUUACACCGAGCUCCCCUCACUGCUCCGCCCCAUACACCGAGCUCCCCUCACUGCUCCGCCUCUUACACCGAGCUCCCCUCACUGCACCGCCCCUUACACCGAGCUCCACUCACUGCUCCGCUCCUUACUGCUCCGCCUAUUACACCGUGCUCCCCUUACUGCUCCGCCCCUUACACUGAGCCCCCCUUACUGCUCCGCCCCUUACACCGAGCCCCCCUCACUGCUCCGCCCCUUACACCGAGCUCCCCUUCCCUUCACUGCUCCGCCCCUUACACCGAGCUCCCCUCACUGCUCCGCCCUUUACACCGAGCUCCCCUCACUGCUCCGCCCUUUACACCGAGCUCCCCUUACUGCUCCGCCCCUUACACUGAGCUCCCCACACUGCUCCGCCCCUUACACCAAGCUCCCCACACUGCUCCACCCCUUACACCGAGCUCCCCUCACUGCUCCGCCCCUUACACCUAGCUCCUCUCACUGCAUCGCCCCUUACACUGAGCUCCCCUUACUGCUCCUCCCCUCACUGCUCCGCCCCUUACACCGAGCUCCCCUCACUGCUCCGCCCCUUACACCGAGCUCCCCUCACUGCUCCGCCUCUUACACCGAGCUCCCCUCACUGCACCGCCCCUUACACCGAGCUCCACUCACUGCUCCGCUCCUUACUGCUCCGCCUAUUACACCGUGCUCCCCUUACUGCUCCGCCCCUUACACUGAGCCCCCCUUACUGCUCCGCCCCUUACACCGAGCCCCCCUCACUGCUCCGCCCCUUACACCGAGCUUCCCUUCACUGCUCCGCCCCUUACACCGAGCUCCCCUCACUGCUCCGCCCUUUACACCGAGCUCCCCUCACUGCUCCGCCCUUUACACCGAGCUCCCCUUACUGCUCCGCCCCUUACACUGAGCUCCCCACACUGCUCCGCCCCUUACACCGAGCUCCCCACACUGCUCCACCCCUUACACCGAGCUCCCCUCACUGCUCCGCCCCUUACACCGAGCUCCCCUCACUGCUCCGCCCCUUACACCGAGCUCCCCCUCACUGCUCCGCCCCUCACACCGAGCCCCCCCUCACUGCUCCGCCCCUUACACCGAGCUCCCCUCACUGCUCCUCCCCUUACACCGAGCCCCCCCUCACUGCUCCGCCCCUUACACCGAGCCCCCCCUCACUGCUCCGCCCCUUACACCGAGCCCCCCUUACACCGAGCCCCCCUCACUGCUCCGCCUCUUACACCGAGCUCUCCUCACUGCUCCGCCCCUUACACCGAGCUCCCCUCACUGCUCCGCCCCUUACACCGAGCUCCCCUCACUGCUCCGCCCCUUACACCGAGCUCCCCUGCACUGCUCCGCCCCUUACACCGAGCUCCCCUGCACUGCUCCGCCCCUUACACCGAGCUCCCCUGCACUGCUCUGCCCUUUACACCGAGCUCCCCUCACUGCCCCGCCCCUUACACUGAGCUCCCCUCACUGCCCCGCCCCUUACACCGAGCCCCCCUCACUGCCCCUUACACCGAGCUCCCCUGCACUGCUCCGCCCCUUACACGAGCUCCCCUGUACUGCUCCGCCCAUUACACCGAGCUCCCCUGCACUGCUCCGCCCCUUACACCUAGCUCCUCUCACUGCUCCGCCCCUUACACCGAGCUCCCCUGCACUGCUCCACCCCUUACACCGAGCUCCCCUGCACUGCUCCGCCCCUUACACCGAGCUCCCCUGCACUGCUCCGCCCCUUACACCUAGCUCCCCUGCACUGCUCCGCCCCUUACACCUAGCUCCCCUGCACUGCUCCGCCCCUUACACCGAGCUCCCCUGCACUGCUCCGCCCCUUGCACCGAGCUCCCCUGCACUGCUCCGCCCCUUAGACAGAUGGAUGUGUUAUGGAACCAUUGCCUGUAUUGUUCUUUGUCCUGCAUGAUGCACUGUAUGAUGUCUGUGGCCUGUCCUGCACUGAGACUGGAACUGGAUUAUAUUUAAUAUUACAGACUGUAAGGGAGGAUUUGGUGUGAAUGAUCUGUACUGUCGCUUCUUACCCCACGCCUCAAUCAUUACACAACUGUAACCUUA